CGAAAUUUCACUUUUUCAAGUGCCGAUCCCUCUACGCGCACCGCGUGAAGAAGAAGACGUACUCGUCGCUUCUAGUGCGCGAUGAGUGCAAGCAGCUUCGACGAGACAGAAGAGCUUGUCAACUGGAUACGGGACCGGAUACGACUGCCAGGAUACACGCAGGCCAAGUGGACGCCGUCCGACUCGGCAUGUGUCAAGGACUUCGCCGAUUCCUUGAAUAUACCAGCGCUCUUCAUCUCUACAAACACGGCUCACGUCCUUCGCGUGGGCACGACGGCCCCUCGGGACGCCACCACGAUCAUGUACUUUGUCAAGAACGGCCAGGUCAGUGUCAAACCCACGACGGCGGUCACGGCGCUGCAGUUUGGGACAAUCCACGGCGAGGGUAUUUCGUCGUUGCUGCAGUUGAUGAAUACCUUUUACAUGCAGCGUCUGCAGCAAGAAACGUCAUGGCCGGAGAGCAUCCAGAAGGAGUUCACGGCGCAGUUUUAUCGCUUCAUGAGUAGUCUCACGGAGACGGUGAGUCGUGGGUGUGGAAAGACAGUGUUGUACCUUCCUCCGAUCGCACUAGACAAAGCCAAUUACAAAGACAAGGACCUGCUGCAGCAGCUCGAGUCCACCGUCAUCCAUUGGACUCGUCAGAUCAAGGAAGUUGUCAACAACCAAGACAACGCCCACGAUGCCGAAGGCGCGGGGCCGCUCGAAGAAAUCAAGUUUUGGGAGCAUCGCACCGAAGAUCUGUCGGGGAUCACCGAUCAGCUCAACCGACCGGGAGUGAAGGACAUUGUGGACAUUUUGAGUUUGGCCAAGUCGUCGUAUUUGCAGCCGUUUGAAACGCUGAGCCAAAUCAUCAAGCAAGGGUCGUUCGAAGCAAACGACAACCUGCGGUUCCUCAAGAAGCUGUGUCCGAUCUGCGAACAGAUGGCGACGGCGAGUCCGUAUGACAUUCCGUCGUUGCUGCCCAAGUUGCUCACGACCAUCCGCCUCAUUUGGAUGUACUCGCGGUUCUACAACACCGAGGACCGGAUCACGAGUUUGCUGCGCAAGGUCAGCAACGAGAUCAUCUCUGUAUGCUGCAAGACCAUCUCGUUGCAGCACAUUUUCAACGGCGACGUCCAAGGCAGCAUCCGCAACCUCGAAGAAACCAUCGAGUGCGGCGUCGCUUGGAAAACCAUCUACUACAGCGUGGCCAAGUCGGUCAACCAAGCUAGUACUAGUACUACUACUAGUAGUAGUACCCCGCCCGUCAAGUGGAAGUUUGACGACACGAGCAUCUUUGCCCAAGUCGAUGCGUUCGUGCAGCGGUGCCGCGAGUUGCUCGAAGUAUGCGAAGGGCAGAUCCAAUUUGCCCGCAAAGGCCAGGGCAGUUCGAGUUUGCCUUGCUUUGGCGGGAAUCGCGGCCAAGAGAUCGUCAAGUCUCUCAUGGGCAUUGAAACCCAGUUCCACCAGCACAUUGACCGCCUCCGCAGGCUCGAGUAUGACAUUCUGGACGUGAAGAUCACGUUUUGGCACACGGAUUUUAACGUGUUCAAGAACGGCGUCAAGGACCUCGAAGCCAUGACGCAAAACGUCAUCAACGCCGCGUUCGACUCAGUGUCGACCAUCUCGGCCGGAUGUGACCUCCUUCAGGCGUUCCAAACCAUUGCCAAGCGCGAAGCUAUCCGCCGGUGUGUGGAGAAACGAACGGUGGACGUGUACGGGAUGUUCAAAGCCGAGGUUGUGACGGUGCGCAACUUGUUUGAAAAGAACAAGGCGGUGCCGCCGCUGUCGAUAACCGAGCCCCAGUACGCCGGGGCUGCUCUGUGGGCCCGGGGCCUCCAAUUACGGGUCAAAGAAGACUUGGCGCGCUUGGCGCUGCUGACGUCGCUGCCUCCUGGCGCCGUUGAACUAGACGAAGCGCAAACACAAUUCGACGGCCUCAAAGCUGUGCUGCACGAUUACAUUCAGAAAAAGUACAAUGACUGGAUCGACGAGUUGAAUUCGCUGGGGACGACCAACUUGAACUCGCGACUGGAGAACCCCCUCAUGACCAAAACCAGUUUGGCGCUCGACGCCGCGGUGCCGACGGCGGCAUCGGCAUCGACGGCGGGUGGUGUCGCGGGGGGCAACGGCGCGCCAGGCCAAACCAAUCCCAAUCCCAACCCCCACGCCCUCGACGUGACCAACGCCGACAAGCUGCUCGGGCGGUCGAACAAGGGGUUCUUACACUGCAAUUUUGAUCGUCCGUUGUUGCAACUGUUUGCAGAAGUGCACUAUUGGCAGUACUUUAACGGGGAGAUCCAGAUUCCGUACAUUGCCCACGACAUUUGCAAUCAAAAGGAGCAGCUGCGCGUGCUACGCGAGCACGUGACGCUGGUGGUCCGAGACUACAACCGGAUCCUGCAUGAACUCAGCACAACCGAGCGGCGCCUCUUUGACGACAUCAUUCGCAAACUGGACCGGCGCAUUCAACCCGGGCUUGCCAAGCUCACGUGGCUGUCCAAGGGGGUGGUCGAGUGGUACGUGAACGACUGCCGCAAGCACUGCGAAGCCACGUACCGGAUCGUGCGCGAGUUCCAAGACAACAAGGACGUGGUCGCGUCCAACUGCAAGAUGAUCGCCGGACUCAUGCACAUCUCCAUCGAGCGCAACAACGUGUACGACGACGGCGUGUUUGAAGUCAAGCAGGUGAGCCACCGCGCCGCGAUGGAAACGAAGCUCAAGGCCGCAUACGAAAACAUCCGCAGCACCAUGAGUGCCAUGUACGUGCAUUUUGCCGCGGGACCGGGCGACGUCCAGCGAGAGUGGGCGCGGUUCGUAGAACGAGCAGACAAAACCCUCGAAGAUUCACUCCGCCAGUCGGUCAAGAAAUCGCUGCAGGAGCUCAGCAAGGCCAUCAACGGCGACGCCAAGACAGAUCCGCACCCGCUCUUCCGUGUGCACGUGAUCCUUGAAGACGGUAAAGUCGAGUUCAACCCACUCAUGGUCAACUUGACCCAGAUGGUCAACACUGCCGCCAAGGAAAUCUUCAACGUGAUCAGCGUCGUGCCGCGUCUCACGGCUACGGUCAACGGACGAGCCGACGACCACCCGCCCCAACCAUCCACCACAAUCACAACCGAUGCACGUACACAACCCAUGGACGGCAGCGAGGGCGCCACGUCACCGACCACUGCAGUAGUAGCUGCUACAGGUACUACUAGUGGUAGUUCUGGGAGCCACACGUUUUACCAGUCGAUUUUCAACGACGAAGAGAUCCUCAAGGUGUUGGUGCACAUCAUGAACGGCAUGUCGGCGAGCGCGACGGAGCUGCAAAAGUACUUGGGGUACUGGGACAAGUACAAGUUGUUGUGGAACCAAGACAAGCAAGCUUUUAUUCGACGCUACGCCAAGGCGAAUCGGCCGCUGCAGCAGUUCCGCGUCGACAUUGAACGGUACCGCGAGCAGCAAGUGAGCAUUCAAAACGAAGACUUGACCAACACGAUCAAUUUUAUUCAAAUCGACACGCAUUUUCUCAAGGCGAGUUUGGUGGACCAUACGGUGCAAUGGAUUGGCAAGUUGACGGGUUUGCUCAACCAAACAGCGUCGGACGAGCUCAAAGCACUCAUGAACAUGAUGAAGGCAAACACCAAGCGACUCCAAAUCAAGCCGAGUAACCUGGACCACCUUGGCGAAAGCAUCGGGCUGCUCCAGGAGAUCAAAGACUCGGCCCCGACUGUGGAAGCCCAGUUUGAUCCGUUGCAGCUCAAGUACGACUUGCUUGCCGAGUUUGACGUUCAAAUCACCGACGACGAGAUGCGCGACUUGCAGAGCUUACGGCCACACUGGGACGCGUUCGAAGGCAUGCUCGUGGACGCCAACACGAUGCUGCAAAAGUGUAAAAUUAGCAUGAAGCAGUCUCUUCAGGACAACGUCGCGGAGCUGAGUAACCACAUGGUGGAGCUCCGGAGCGAGGCUAUGGCGACGCUGCCGUACUCGGAUCAAACCCAAAACUCGGCCGCCGCGCACGCGAUAUUGCUGGACUUUGAAAAGAAGAUGGAGGCGACGCGCGUGCGGCAGGCGGUGCUGAAGAAAGGGCUCGAUAUCUUUGGCAUCGAAGAGACAUUGAACGACGGGUUCGUUCAGACAGAGAAGGAGCUCGAGCUUCUGCAGCAGAUAUGGGCGUUCUUUGACGAGUGGGAGUGUGUGUGGAGUUCGUGGAAAGGCAACGUGUUUGGCGAGUUGCAAGUCGACUCGAUGGAGGCGACGGCGGCGCAGUUUUUCAAGCGAAUCACCAAGUUGGGCAAAGACAUGAAGGAGUGGGCGAUCUGGGGCUCCAUGAAGGACAAGAUUGACCAGUUUCGCGCGACGUUGCCGUUGAUCCAAGACCUCAAGAACGACGCGUUGCGGCCCCGGCAUUGGGCGCAGCUCAAAGACGAAAUGCAAAGUGCGUUCGACGCCGACUCCAAGGGGUUUACAUUGGAAAAGGUGUUUUCGCUCGGGUUUCACUUGCACGCCGAGUUCAUUUCAACUCUGUCGGGCAACGCGAGCAAAGAAUUGUCGAUCGAGCAAGCGCUGGACGGGAUCGAAUCGCGGUGGAAUAGCAUUAACAUUGACAUGGUCGAGUACAAAUCCGUGUACUUUAAAGUCCGCAGCGCCGACGAUCUGUUUACAGCGCUGGAAGACGACCAAGUCCAGCUGUCCACGAUGAAAGCGUCGCCGUUCUUCGAUUCGUUCGCGACCAAGCUGUUGAUGUGGGAAGCCGCCUUGUCCACUGUAUCCGAGGUGAUUGAAACGUUGCUUGGGGUCCAGCGGUGCUGGAUAUACCUUGAGAGCAUCUUCAUGGCGUCGGAGGACAUUCGCAAGCAACUGCCGCUGGAAAGCUCCCUUUUUGACCAAGUCAAUACCGCCUACUGCAGUGUCACAUCUAGCAUGGCGCAGGUCCAGAACGCGCUCAAGGCCACGCAUUUGCCGCACACGCUCGACACGCUGUUGGACAUGCAAGACAAGCUGGACCGUAUCCAGAAAUGCCUCGAUCAGUACCUCGAAACGAAGCGGAUGAUGUUCCCGCGGUUCUAUUUCUUGUCCAACGAUGACCUGCUCGAGAUCCUUGGCCACCAAAAAGACCCGGAUCAGGUGCAAAAACACAUUAAAAAGUGCUUUGAAGCGAUCAAGUCGCUGUACUUGCUGUACCCGGGCACGCGAAACAACUUGACGUUUGAAGCCGCGGGUAUGAACGCCCCCGACGGCGAGCAAGUGCUGUUCAACACGAACGUCGUCAUCGCGGGCGCGGUCGAAGGCUGGCUCGUGCGUGUGGAAGCCGCCAUGAUUGCGUCGCUCGAAAAGCUGUACGCGGGGUGCCUCGUGGCAUAUCGCGGCAAAAAGGAGAAAUGGAUCAAGGAGUUUCCGGGGCAGCUGCUCAUCACGUGCGGCCAGACGGCGUGGACGAACGAAUGUAUCAAAGCACUGAACGAAGUCGCAAAGGGCGACAAGAAGGCCAUGAAAACGCUCAAGAAGAAGUGGGUGUCGUACCUAAACAAGCUGGCCGACAUGGUGCGCGGCCAGCUCACGUCCACAGAGCGCAAGAAGAUUGUGGCGCUGAUUACGAUCGAAAUCCACUCGCGGGAUGUCGUGGACCGGCUCGUGAAACAAAACUGCAAGUCGACCAACGACUUUGAAUGGCUUAUGCAGCUGCGGUUCUACUUUAACAAGGACUUGGGCGAGCACGGGAUUUGCGAAGUCAAGCAAACUGUCACGUGUUUGAAAUACUCGUACGAGUACCAAGGCAACAACGGCCGCCUUGUGAUCACACCCCUCACCGAUCGCUGCGUGCUCACCAUGACCACUGCCCUGCACCUAAACCGGGGGGGCAACCCCCUCGGCCCCGCCGGCACUGGCAAGACCGAAACUGUCAAGGACCUGGGCAAGAACUUGGCGAAAUACGUGAUCGUGUUCAACUGCAGUGAUGGCCUUGACUACAAGUCGGUGGGGCGCAUGUUCUCUGGGCUCGUUCAAUCGGGGGGAUGGGGCUGCUUUGACGAGUUCAAUCGGAUUGAGAUCGAAGUGCUGUCGGUUGUGGCCCAGCAAGUCCUCACCAUCAUGCAAGCGCUGACGAUGAAGCUGCCCGAGUUUAUGUUUCUCGGGUCCGUGAUCAAGUGUAACCACAACAUGGGUAUCUUCAUCACGAUGAACCCGGGGUAUGCCGGCCGCACGGAACUGCCCGACAACCUCAAGGCACUCAUGCGGCCGUGUGCGAUGAUGGUACCCGACUUGGCGCUCAUUGCGGAAGUGAUGCUCCAAGCCGAAGGGUUCCGCGAUGCCAAAGUGUUGGCGAAGAAGACCACGACCUUGUACGGGCUCAUGAUCCAGCAACUGAGCAAGCAAGACCACUACGAUUUCGGCCUCCGGUCGCUCAAAGCUGUGCUCAAUAUGGCGGGCGCGUUGAAGCGCGAAGACCCCAACAUGCAAGAAGAACACAUCCUCCUCCGAGCCCUUCGAGACAUGAACGCCCCCAAGUUUAUCAAGGAAGACGCGGCGCUCUUCAAGCUACUGCUGGGGGAUUUGUUUCCGUCGAUUGAGCUGGCCAUUCCCGAGUACGGGUCGCUGCAAUCGGCGAUUCAAAGUGAACUGACUCACCAGGGACUGCAGCUGCACCCGACCAUCUUGUUCAAAACGAUCCAACUGUUCGAGUCCCAGGCCACGCGGCACUGCAAUAUGAUCGUGGGGCAAACCAUGGCGGGCAAAUCCACUGUGUGGAAAACCCUCCAGGCCGCCAAAUCACAGCUGGCCAAGGACGGUGCCCCGGGGUACACCCCCGUCCGCGUCCAAGUGCUCAACCCAAAGUCCAUUUCCCUCAACGAAAUCUAUGGCGUAUAUGAUUUGUCGACGUUUGAAUGGAUCGACGGCAUCCUCAGCGCCAUUUUUCGCACGUUAGCCAGCGACGACAAGCCAGACGAGAAAUGGAUCAUGCUUGAUGGACCCGUCGACACUUUGUGGAUUGAAAGCAUGAACAGCGUCAUGGACGACAACAAGGUGCUCACCCUCAUCAACGGCGACCGUAUUGGCAUGAGUCCAUCGAUGGCGCUGUUAUUUGAAGUGCAGGACUUGUCAGUAGCAUCUCCUGCGACCGUGAGUCGAGCGGGGAUGGUAUACAUGGAUGUGGAGGAUCUGGGAUGGCGGCCCUUCGUUAAGACGUGGCUGGUUCAAGCGAUCACAGACCCAGACGAGCGAGACAUCCUCACCAGUCUCUUGGACAAGUACAUGACCAAGGUGCUCGCGUUUCGAUCGGCCGAAGUGACCGAGUUGAUUCCCGUGACCGAGUUCAACUGCGUCAAGUCGUUUUGCAACCUCUACAGCGUCCUAGCAACCAAGGACAAUGGCGUGGACAAAUCUGUGGGCGGUGCUGAUCAGUUUGCGCCGAUGGUGGAGAAAUGGUUUCUGUUUUGUCUCACGUGGAGUGUCAUGGGCGCGGCCAGCGAGGACGGACGCGUCCGGUUCGACGCGUGUAUUCGCGAAAUCGAGACCAUUUACCCGCCCGUGAAGACCAUCUAUGAGUUCUUUGUCGACCCCAAGGGCCGAGAGCUCAAGCUCUGGGACGAGCGCCUUCCCCCAGCGUAUCGGAUAUUGCCUGGCACGCCAUUUUACAAGAUUCUAGUGCCGACUGUCGACACGCUUCGGUACGGGUACCUGCUGCAGACGCUGGUGAAUGGGGGAUUGCACGCGCUGAUUGUGGGGGAUACGGGGGUUGGGAAGACGUCGAUGAUUCAAAAGGAGUUGGAUGGCCUCAAUGAUACGUACCAGCGCCUUGUGAUGAACUUUUCGAGCGCCACGUCUAGCAGCACGACGCAAGACGUGAUUGAAAACGUCAUGGAGAAGCGAUCGAUGAACCGAUUUGGUCCGAUGGGCGGCAAGAAGCUCGUGACGUUUGUCGAUGACAUGAACAUGCCUGCCAAAGACGAGUUUGGCUCGCAGCCGCCGCUAGAGUUGCUGCGCCAGUGGGUCGAUUAUGGCUGCUGGUACGACCGCAAGAAGCAGUCGCUCAAGUACUUUGUGGACAUGCAACUCGUGGGGUCGAUGGGUCCGCCGGGGGGCGGCCGGUCGGUGAUUUCGUCGCGAUUUCAAAGCCGAUUCAACCUCAUCAACUUGACGUUCCCUGAAGCCACGCAACUUCGCCGAAUCUUUGAGACGAUGCUCGUGCCAAAGCUGAGCGAAUUCGACGAUGAAAUCAAACCCCUGGGGGUCCCCCUCGUGUCGGCCACGAUCCAAAUCUACCAAGCGGUCGAAGCAACGUUUUUGCCCACGCCCCAGAAUUGCCACUAUUUGUUCAACUUGCGCGACAUGGCCAAAGUCGUGGCGGGGCUUCUCGUCGCGGAUAAGCACAUUAUCAGCAGCCGCGACGGCAUGUUGCGGUUGUGGCUGCACGAGUGUUUGCGGACGUUUUCCGAUCGGUUGACGGGGUCGUCGGAUCGAGCGACGUUCAAGACGAAAAUCGACGAGAUCUUGUCGACGUCAUUUCAAACGGAAUGGUCCCGUCUAUUGGGAUCGCUCCCGGAAUCGCUAAAGGAGAACGGUCCGUUGUUUAGCGGGAUCAUGACGCCGAUCGAGGACGAGAGUGCUUCGGGUGUCAAGUACGACGAGAUUGACGACAUUCGAGCGCUAAAACGACUGGUGGAGGAUCACUUGGACAACUACAACGUCGAACCGGGGUUGGUGCCCAUGAAUCUGGUGCUAUUUGGGGACGCGUUGAUGCAUUUGCUGCGCAUUUUCCGGCAGCUGACGACCCCCCGGGGGAAUUUGCUCUUGGUGGGCGUGGGCGGCAGCGGGCGGCAGUCGCUGACGCGGCUGGCGUCGUUUGCCGCCGGCUGCGACUUGUUUCAGAUCGAAGUGACCAAGAACUACCGCCCCAUGGACUUUCACGAAGACAUGAAAAAGCUGUACCACAGCGCCGGCGUUGUGGGCAAGAAGACGACGUUUUUGUUUAGCGAUACGCAAAUCAAGAGCGAAAGCUUUGUGGAAGACAUCAACAACGUGCUGAGCAGCGGGGAAAUCCCCGGGUUAUAUGAAAAGGAUGAGAUCAACACCAUCUUGGAAGCCAUUCGAGCCAAAGCCCGAGCCCACGGUGUGAAAGAAUCCAAAGACAACAUGUGGGCAUUCUUCAUCAACGAAGUUCGACGCAACUUGCAUAUUGUAUUGGCCCUCAGCCCCAUCGGAAAAGGGUUUCGCAAUCGCGUGAGACAGUACCCGUCACUUGUGAACAACAUGACCAUCGACUGGUUUGACGAGUGGCCACUCGACGCUUUGCAAGAGGUGGGCAUGAAGUUCCUCGACGAAAAACGAGUGGCCACGGAGCCCCAGCGACCCAAGAUUUCCGCCGUGUUUGCCGUCAUUCAUAGCAGCGUCGUGUUGGCGUCGGCGCAGAUGCUAGCGUCGAUGAAACGACACAAUUAUGUGACACCGACGAAUUACCUGGCCUUGGUCAAGGGUUACGUGGAAUUGCUGCUGGAAAAGAGCAGCACGAUUGCCGAUUCGCGGGAUAAACUCAAGAACGGGCUGGCGAAAUUGGAAGAGUCCCGGGCCCAAGUCGAGCAAAUGUCGAUUCAACUGGAGCAGCGCAAGAUCAUCGUGGCCCAGAAGAACAAGGAUUGCAGCGACUUGCUUGUGAUUAUCGUGAGCGAGCGCCGCGUGGCCGACGAGCAGCGGAAGCAGGUGGAAGCCGAGAGCGAGCGCAUCUUGAAGGAAGAGAUCGAGACGAAAAAAAUCGCCGACGACGCGCAAACCGACUUGGACGAAGCGCUGCCAGCGUUGGCCAAGGCCAUGGCCGAGGUGGAAUUACUCGACAAGAAAGCCAUAGCUGAAGUCAAAGUGUACUCGCAGCCUCCCGAAGCGGUGAGUUUGGUCAUGUGCGGGGUCAUGGUAUUGUUUGGGCUUCCCCCAACGUGGGCCCAAGCCAAGAUCAAAAUGAACGACGUCAACUUUUUACAGCAAAUCAAAACGUUUGACAAAGACACGAUCCGGGACAAAACGUUGUCAGCACUCAAAAAGUUCACGUCCAAAGAAAUGUUCAAGUCGGAAACUGUGAAGAAAGUGUCGAGCGCGGCGGGGGCGCUGUGCUCGUGGGUGCUCGCCAUGGAGGUGUACUCGUCCGUGUUUCGGCUCGUCGCCCCCAAGCGCGACGUGCUCAAGAAAUCGCAGCAAGCACUCGCGAUCAAGCAGCGCGACUUGCAAACGGCCAAGAACAAGCUCCAAGACGUGAUUGAAAAGGUCGAAGCGCUCAAGAAACAGUACGACGACAGCGUCAGCGAGAAGAACGCUUUGCGGGAAGAAGCCGAAGUGCUAGAGCUCAAGCUGAGCCGCGCCACGCAGCUCGUGUCUGGCCUGUCGGGGGAGCGGGAGCGGUGGCAGGUGUCCAUUGCAACCAAAGACGCGGCGCUGGUCAAUGUUGUCGGGGAUGCGCUGGUAGCGGCUGCGUUCUUGUCGUACGCGGGCCCGUUCGACUCGCUCUUUCGGUCGUCGCUGUUGGACACGUGGAGCAACCGCGUGCAACAGCAGGCGCUCCCCAUGUCGCAGACGUUUCAGUUCACCGACUUUCUCGCAGAUCCGACGGAUGUUCGGCACUGGAACGCGCACGGCCUGCCACGAGACAACCUAUCGACUGAAAAUGGCGUCGUGACGCUCCGAGGCACGCGGUGGCCGCUGAUGAUUGACCCCCAAGGCCAAGCAAACAAGUGGAUCAAGUCGCUCGAAGGCGCCAAGUUGGACGUGGUGGACCCGAUGAUGAAAGACUUUUUGCGCAAACUCGAAAACGCGAUUCGAUUUGGCACGGCUGUGCUCAUGCAAGACAUCCAGGAAGAACUCGACCCAUCGUUGGAACCAAUCUUGAACAAGAGCAUCGUCAAGGUGGGCAACCGCGAAGUGCUUCGCAUUGGCGACAAAGAGCUCGACUACAACCGCGACUUUCGAUUUUACCUGACCACGAAGCUCCACAAUCCACAUUAUACCCCCGAAGUGUCGACGAAGACCACGAUUGUGAACUUUGUCGUGAAAGAACAAGGCCUUGAAGCGCAGCUGCUGGGGACCGUCGUGCAGAUGGAAGAGCCGGCGCUCGAAGAGCAAAAGUCCGAGCUCGUGGUCAAAGUUGCCGCCGCCAAGCACAAGCUGGUGGACUUGGAGAACGAAAUCCUCCGGCUCUUAUCCAAUGCCAAGGGCAGUUUGCUUGAUGAUGAGUCCCUUGUGAACACACUCAAUGCGUCCAAGGUCACGUCGGAGGAAGUGACCUCGCAGCUUGUCGUGUCGGAGGAAACGGAGAAGAAAAUCGACGCGGCGCGCAUGGGGUAUGUGGCCGUGGCCGUGCGGUCGUCCACGCUGUACUUUGUGCUGAAUGACAUGACCAAGGUCGACCCGAUGUACCAGUUCUCGCUCGACUCGUACGUAGACUUGUUCAAGGAAUCGAUUGCCAAGAGCCGAUCGUCCCGCCAGACGAUGACGCUUACAGACGACCUGAGCGAGCGCAUCGCGGCCAUCAACGACUUUCACACGUUCGCCGUGUAUGCGUACGCGUGCCGGGGACUGUUUGAGCGCCACAAGCUGCUCUUUUCCUUCCAAAUGUGCAUCCGCGUCAUGCAAAGUGUCCAUAAAGUGCCCCUGGACGAGUACGAGUUUCUCCUCAAGGGCGGCAACUUGCUCGGCAACGACGAACGUGUGACCAACCCCGUGACCGACUUUUGCACCGAGCCAGUCUGGCUCGCUGUGGUCGACUUGAACCGCAUGCCGCGGUUCCAGGGGUUGGUGUCGUCGUUCGAACAAGCGGGAAAAGCGUGGAAAUCCUGGUUUCAAUCGAGUUCGCCAGAGAUUGAAGCCCUACCCGGGGACUGGGAAGGCAAAUGCAACGAACUCCAGCGCAUGAUCUUGUUGCGCGUGCUCCGUCCAGACCGCGUGACCAUCCAAGCCGCAAAGUUCGUGUCGACCAACCUCGGGCCGCAGUUCGUGGACCCGCCUCCGUUCGACCUGCGCGCGAUUUACGACAACUCGUCGUACAAGACGCCGUUGAUCUUUGUGCUGUCGCCGGGGGUGGACCCUACGAAUAACUUGAUGGCGCUAGCCGAAGUGCUUGGGAAGAAGGUCGAAAACUGUGCAUUGGGGCAGGGGCAGAGUCAAUUUGCCGAAGCUAUGCUCGCCCGGGGGCUAGAGGGGGGCAACUGGGUCUUCCUAGCCAACUGCCAUCUCAUGCUCAGCUGGGCGCCGACGCUGGAAAAGCUCAUCGACAACUUUUGUGCGUCACCAACUGUGAACCCAACCUUUCGGCUGUGGCUCACAUCCGACCCCAACCCCAAAUUCCCCAUUGCGAUCCUCCAACGCGGGAUCAAGAUGACCACGGAACCCCCGCGCGGCCUGCGCGCCAACUUAUUGCGGCUGUACAACACCGUGACCAGCGAUCGCUUCCAGCGCUGCAAACAAGCUAAAAAGUACAAGCGACUGCUGUUUUGCCUCUGUUGGUUCCACGCAUUGUUAUUGGAGCGCCGCAAGUUCAACAACUUGGGGUGGAAUAUCCCAUAUGACUUUAACGAGUCGGACUUUGCCAUCUCGGAAGACGUGCUGGCAAUCUACUUGGACGAGUACGAAGACACGCCGUGGGAAGCCCUCAAGUACCUGAUCGCGCAGGCCAAUUACGGCGGCCGCGUCACCGACGACUGGGACCGCCGUCUCAUGCUUGUGUAUGUGGGGCAGUUUUUCUGCGAAGACAUUCUCGAGCUUGAUCAAGCCCCGUUGGCGGAUUCGCCAGAGUAUUUCGUGCCCGAGGACGGCGAUUUGCAAACGUAUGGCGACUUUAUUCGCAACUUGCCGCUCGAAGACCCCCCCGCAGCGUUUGGCCAGCACUCGAACGCCCAGAUCGCGUCUCAGAUUGACAAUGGCCGAGAACUGCUAAGUACAAUUCUCGGGCUGCAGGCGAUGGGGGCAGCCGAGGGCGGCAAAGGCAACGACGAAAAGAUCAUGGGCGUGCUCUCCAAUUUAAAAGACAAAGUUCCUGACGUGUUUGACUUGGCCAACGUCAAACUGAACCUUUCAACACGAAGCGACCCCGACGCGCUCAAGACGGUGCUCCUGCAAGAGCUUGAGCGGUACAAUAAACUGCUAGGGGCGAUCAAGAGCCAGCUCGUCGCGCUGGAGAAGGGCAUGCAGGGGAUGGUGGUCAUCACACCCGAACUCGAAGCCGUGUACAACGCCAUGCUUAUUGGCGCCGUGCCAAAAGCGUGGGGGUUCUGCUACCCGUCGCUGAAACCACUGGGUAGUUGGACCCAAGAGCUGGAGCUGCGCAUAUAUCAGAUGCGCCACUGGGCCAACACGGCCCAGCCUGUAGUGUUUUGGCUGUCGGGGUUCACGUACCCCACGGGGUUUCUCACGGCGUUGCUGCAAACCGCGGCUCGGAAGAAUGGCGUGUCGAUAGAUUCCCUCAACUGGGAGUUUUUGAUCAUCAACCAGCACGAAGACUCGAUCGUGGUCGGGCCCAAGGACGGCGCGUACGUCAAGGGUUUGUUCCUCGAAGGCGCGAGGUGGGACUUCGAGCACGACUGCUUGGCAGAACCCAACCCGAUGGACCUGUACUGCAACAUGCCCAUGAUUCACUUCAAGCCCGUGGAAACCAAGAAGAAAGCGUCCAAGGGGACGUACAGUUGUCCGCUGUACAUGUACCCAAUCCGCACGGGUACCCGCGAGCGGCCGUCGUUUAUGAUCGCUGUGGACCUGAGAUGCGGGGCUGGCAAGUCCCCCGAUCUCUGGACCAAGCGCGGCACGGCCAUGCUGUUGUCCUUGAGCACGUAAACAAUGUCUCAUCGUAAUGUAAAAGACAUGGUUGCGUUCGAACGACAGGGGGGGCGGGAAUCUUGUGUGUGACGUGGAGACAGCACAAGACGUCCCCUUGGCUCUUGUGUUGCAUGCUACUAUACGUACUAUACGCAUAGUAUUCAGCUCUACUGGCGACGAAACAGCAAUCGACUUACUACCGGU